AUCUGUGUUCUGAAAAAAUAAAUUUUUUGUCGAAUGGGUCGAUUUCAUCUUAUUCUAGUAUGGUCACUUUGCGUCGGUCUGUGUCUACUCCUUUGUCCCACAUCGGCGCAGCUCAAAACAAACUACUAUGCCAAUAUCUGCCCCAACGUUGAAAGCAUUGUCAAAGAUGCUGUCACUAAGAAAUUCCAGCAAACAUUCGUCACGGUUCCGGGAACGCUCCGUCUCUUUUUCCACGAUUGCUUUGUCGAGGGAUGUGAUGCUUCUGUUAUAGUUGCUUCCACUGCAAACAACAAGGCAGAAAAGGACAAUCCAGAUAAUCUGUCAUUAGCCGGAGAUGGGUUUGAUACGGUGAUCAAAGCGAAAGCAGCCGUUGAUGCAGUUCCUCAAUGCAAAAACAAAGUCUCUUGUGCUGAUAUUCUUGCCUUGGCCACCAGAGAUGUUAUUGGUUUGUCUGGGGGACCUUCAUAUUCUGUUGAGUUGGGAAGAUUGGAUGGACUAAGCUCAACUUCUACAAGUGUAAAUGGGAAGCUACCCAAGUCAACCUUCAAUUUGAACCAGCUCAAUUCCCUGUUUGCUUCCCAUGGGUUGUCCCAAGCUGACAUGGUUGCUCUUUCAGGGGCACACACCCUUGGGUUCUCUCAUUGCAACCAGUUCUCAAAUCGGAUUUACAGUAACCCAGUGGACCCCACGCUGAACAAAACGUACGCAACGGAGCUUCAACAAAUGUGUCCCAAAAAUGUAGACCCCGACAUAGCCAUCAACAUGGACCCAACCACGCCCAGGACGUUUGACAAUGUAUACUUUCAGAAUCUUGUGGAAGGGAAAGGAUUAUUUACUUCGGACCAGGUCCUUUUUACGGACAGCAGAUCCCAGCCCACGGUAAGAAAUUGGGCCAAAAACAAGGCGGCUUUUAACCAGGCCUUUAUUACCGCUAUGACCAAGCUGGGCCGUGUCGGAGUGAAGACCGGCAAGAACGGUAAUAUUCGUCGAGAUUGCAGUGUUUUUAAUUGAGAGGGAAAAAAUGGAAAUUGGUUAAACUGAAUGUUGAUCAAAUUCAGCUUCAGUUCAUCUGUUUUCUUCAUCAGGAAAAAAAAAAAAAAAAUGGAUCGGAAAUAAACAAAGAGAGAGGAAAAUGAAGAAGUUAAAAAAAUAGGAGAGAUUUGACUCUUACAAUAAGGUUUGUAACUCCAAUAAUCUAGAUUCAGCUGGUUCUAUGUGAAAUAAUCGAUAGGAUGACAUUGUGUCAAAUAUCCUAAGUGCAACAACAUGAUGGCCCAAUUCAUUUUUCUUUUU